AUGGUGAAAAACAAUAUACUUACUUUUAAUAAAAGUAUCACCGACUUCGAAGCAUCUAAAUCACCAUUAUCACCAUCAACAGCCUUUUAUAAUCAACUGGUAGACACCUACAUCAUGACUCGAAAAAUAACGCUUCUGGUAACGGGAUUAUCCUGCGUAUUAAUGUUCAACUACUACACAAGCUCCGUGGUUAGCUGGCUGCUAAAUGGUCCACCUCCAUCAAUCAAUUCUUUGAAAGAGCUGUUGGACAGUCCGUUGGAACUGAUAUUUGAAGAUAUGGGAUAUACUCGAUCAUGGUUACAGAUACCCAAUUUCUAUUACAAUAAAAGAAAUGCUCAAAUAGAGGACGAGAUGCGUGUAAAGAAAGUGUUCAAUAAGAAAAAGAAUGACCCAUUACUGGAGCCUUUAGUGCAGGGGAUGAAAAUGGUACAAAGAGGAGGUUACGCCUACCACACUGAAACUAACACAGCAAACUCAUUGAUUUCAAGAACUUUUGACCAAACAGAACUGUGUGAGUUGGGAUCUUUGCAAUCCAUUGAGAAGACUAAUCUGUAUCCUUGUAUGCCGAAGGAUAGCCCUUACAAGGAGUUUAUGACGUGGAGCCUCAUGCGUCUCACAGAACGUGGUUUCGUAUCUUGUAUCCAAACUCGGACAGCUACUCCAGAAGCUAAAUGUGAAGGUAGUUCCCCACGAGCUUUGGCCCUCGGUGGAGCAUCUCCGGUAUUCGUACUUCUUGCUGGAGGAUUCCUGCUAUCAACUUUGAUUAUGCUAUGUGAAAGAUUCGUGUACAAAAUAAGAAACAAUCAGUUUCUUGAGUAUUAA